GGGAUGAGCGCAGUAACCGUUGAAACUUGCCGCCGGGGCUGGCAACUCACAGGAUAUGGAGCUCUAGCUCCGAAGCUGGGACCCUUACCGCUGAGGAACUGGAUAUCCGACAUCCAGCUUCGCCUUGAGUCCCGCUGGUCUCGGGCUUCCGCGUCUUCUCCAUUUCCAGAACUCCGCUGGUUCCGAGAAAGACCGAGGGGUGGGGAAUUGAAGGCACUGGUUAACUUGCGAGCAUGCCCCAAGUAUGUCUCCUCCCCUGAGCCCCUUUAUUGUCUCACAGUCUUUGAAGAAGUUGGUGAAUGCUUGUUACUGUUUCCGGAAGGAGAACCAGCUACCCCAGGCUAAGAAUAUCACAAAGCACAUGUCAGUGAAUCAGCAAGAUCUAGAUCCAGAUAGUACUACGAAUGUCGAAAAUGUUACAGAUCCUGAAGAAGAACUUAUUAAAGAAUGUGAAGAAAUGUGGAAAGAGAUGGAAGAAUGUCAGAAUAAAUUAUUGCUUGUUGGAACUGAGGCACUCACUGAAUCAAAUGCUCAGCUGUCAUUAUUAAUUAUGCAAGCAAAGUGUUUGACUGCUGAACUUAGUCAAUGGCAGAAAGAAACUCCUGAAAUAAUUCCACUGAAUCAAGAUGUUCUGGUAACGUUAGGAAAAGAAGAGUUCCAAAAAUUGACACAUGAUCUUGAAAUGGUACUGUCUACUCUUCAAUCAAAGAAUGAAAAAUUACAGGAAGACUUGGAAAGGGAGCAGCAGUGGUUGGAUGAACAAAAACAGAUACUGGAAUCUCUUAAUGUUCUACACAAUGAACUAAAAAAUCAAGUUGAACCAUUUUCUGAAUCAAGAAUUUUUAAUGGACUGAAAACUAAAAUGCUUCGUAUAAGAGAAUAUAAGGAGAAACUCUUAAUUACCUUGGGUGAGUUUCUAGAAGACCAUUUUCCUCUGCCUGAUGAAAGUGCUAAAAAGAAAAAGAAAAACAUUCAGGAACCAACAGUACAGCUGAUAACACUGCAUGAAAUUUUAGAGAUUCUUAUAAAUAGAUUAUUUGAUGUUCCACAUGAUCCAUAUGUCAAAAUUAUUGAUUCCUUUUGGCCACCUUAUAUUGAGCUGCUACUGCGUAAUGGAAUUGCCUUGAGACAUCCAGAAGAUCCAACCCAAAUAAGGUUAGAAGCUUUCCAUCAGUAAAAGGAUUUUAUCCUUUUCACACAGUACUUUUCAUUCAAGGAUAAUGGAAAUACCGAGGACUACUUGGAUAAAGAACAUUAUUUGCAAAUCAAAAACAAAGUCCAUCUUCCUUUUAUCCUUAAAUGACAUAUGCUACAAUCUAUUACUCAUUUUUAGAUUGUCACUUCUCAUUCAGUCUGUACAUCAGUGUUUUAAUCUGCAUGGACAAAAAUGCAUGUGAAAAAGUAUUCUAAACUGCUAUAAAAUAUUUGAUGCAUUUUAUCUCACGCAGUAUUCUUCAAAUAAUUCUUUUUAAUUUGAUAUUUCUAAUAUAAUAUUUUAAUUAUAAAAUUUGAUAGUUUUUUUAAUGCAUUUUUUGUUCCAUUUGAUGCUUAA